AUGAAUAUCAUUCCCAAAAAGUCAAAGUCUAAUGAUCUGAUUUCAAACAAGAAAUCGUAUACAGCCUCAAAAAAGCUAUGAAUAUUCAUAUUGGAUUGCUUGAUAGAAUUAUUUAGUCCUCAACUUUCCUCAAAAUUCCCUUAUAAACAGCAGAUAGCCAUAGAAGCCAUAAAAGACUUAAUUGUCACUGCUCAAAUUGUUUCAAUUUCCUGAUACCCAAGCAUGCCAAUUCACAACUGAGACUCACACUCACAGUUUUGAAGAUCAUUAUUAAUUUUAAACUAUGACAACCUAUGCAAUUAUUUUGGCUUAUAUAGUAUAUGCUACGUCAUUGAAUUUUCUUUAUUAUUUUAUGCCAUUUUUGUAACAAUUUUAUGCUGCAUCCUUAAAUAUUUUUGCCGAAGCCUUCCAUUAAUAUUUCUUCACAUAGCGAAAAAAAUAAUCAAUGCUCUCACAUCAAUUCUCUUUAUUCCAUUUUUACUCAUUCCAAUUGUUGUUUUUAAAUAUUCGACAUUUCAUAAUAAUCAAGUCCAAGAAUAUAGUGCAAAUGAUAUAUCAAAAUAUGAUUAUGGAAGCUAUGGAACUGUUUUAAGCCCUUUUGUUUUGAUUAUCUUAAUUAUGAUGGCUUUUAUCAAUGAGCUGUUUACUGCUGAUUUAAAGCAUUCAGAGUCAGACAUAAAUAUAAGAGCGAGGUCGAAUUCUUUAUGAGAUUUAUUAUGAAUACUACUUUGCAUAAUUCAAUGUUUACUAUACGUAUUUAUGGAUACGCACUUGUAUAUUCACUAUUUAAUUAUAUCUUUAGUUAUGAACUUAUAUUUAUUUUAUUUAGGGUUGAAGUUUUUGCAUUAUUAUAAACCAACAGGAAUGCUAAUUAAAAUCUGUAAAGUUGGCACAAUUUGUAUUGUCAAAUUAUUUUUUAUGCUUGGCUAUGCAAUGGAUGAUCCUGCAUCUCUUCCUCUCCUUAGCAUAUUUAUAUCACCUUUAUUUUCUAUAUAUAUGAUCUAUUUUGUCAACAAAAAAUAUUCGAAACUAAAAAGAAUAACAAAUUGCCCAUUAAAUCAAUUUGCUUUUGAGCGUGCCUUUAGGCACUAUUUGAUAGAUAGCAAAUGCAAUAAUAAAGAGGAAAUCAUUAGAGCAUUUUGCCAAUGUUCUAUUCAGAACGGUUUUAAAUAUAAUGCCCUUUUUGUUAUAUGAGAAGUCAAUUUUAUCAGUCAUAUAGUCAAAAAUCAAAGAUUAGCAAGAGUAAAACUUGUAAAAACGGCAUAUUUGCCAUCAAAUGCCGAAGGAGUUAUCCAGAAACAAAAAUUAUUAAAAUAUUUGCUCCCCCCUCCGCGAACGAACAAAACAAAACCAUUAGAAAAAUCCACCCUCUGCGAAUGAAAAAAAAAAUUGAUAUGUAAGUGAUAAUUAGUAUAUUGAAAUCUCUAGCUAAUUCUGUUUAAUUUUAAACAGUUUGCAUUUUAAAACAUAAAUUUUACAAAUUAAAUUAAUAUUUGCUUUCCAAUUUUUGCGAAUUUGGAUUUUUUUUAAAUUUUGAAGAAAAAAGCAUUUAUAUAUGAUUUUUAAAAAAAAUAAAUUAAUCCCCUCCGUCUCCGUGAGCAAACAAAAUUUUUUGUUCGCUCAUGAAGGAGGGGAGUUAGAAGAUGAAUUAUCCAGAAAAUGGCCAGAAAUUGACCAUUUAGAAUAUUUAACUAAUUGUGAGGAAGUGAAAAAGCUUGAUGAGGAAUUCUGUAUUAUUUUAAUGGAUUUUUGAGCAGAAAUUAUUGAUAAAACCUCAAAAAUAUCUAGAAUCUGUAAUUUUACUAAUUCUUUCGUGUCCAAGGCAAGUAAAAUUUUAAAAAACUCAAUUUGCUGACUAUUUAUCUAAUUUAAAUAUAAUAAAAUAAGAUUUCUAAGAUUUAAUGGAUUUAGAAAAAGUUCUUUACAGCAUUCUAUAUUAAUAAAAUUUAUAAAAGAAUUCCCAGUAUCACGAAAAGGAUUAAUUUCCAAAAAAUAGGAUUUUUUCAAUAGUUGCUGGUUGAAGUAAUAGAAUUUUUGAUCUCUCAUGCAAAAUAAAAGCGCUUUAUCUUAGUCUUAUACACAAAAAUAAACACUCUGAAGUGCUUGAUUUAUAUGGGAUGUUUUUAAUAAAUAUUCUUGGGGAAAAUGAUGAAGGAAAUUUGAUUUUGCAAAGAAAGCAAAGUAUUAAAAAAAUUAAAUCAGGCAUGGGAGAUUUCGGAAAACCUUUAGAAGUUACGGAGCAUACAGGCUUCAUAUUAAUAUCAACCGAGCCUGACUCUUUUGGAGCUAUUUCUUAUAUGAAUGAAGAAGCUGCUUCAACCCUAAAAGUUUCAUCCCUCGACAUAGUUGGCGCUGAUUUUGGUAUUUUUAUCCCUAAGCCUUUUUCCUUGAUUCAUAAAGACAAAAUGAAAGAAUUUUAUCUCAAUUGUAAGACAACUUCGAUUCACAAGCCUCAGCCUUUGCCAUUUUUGGAUUCUACUGGACAUAUUAUUGAGUGCAUGAACUCAAUAAGAAUAGUAGCUUUCAAUGAUAAAGCCUAUUAUAUGGUUUCUUUUUCUAAGUUUAAAUCAUCGAGGCAAUCAAUACUUAUAUCUGAAGAUGGGUUUAUUUAUAGCCAUACUGCAAAAUUAUCAACCUGAAUUGAGUCAAAGAUCAGUGACUUUCAGGACAUGCAUAUAUCUGAACUAUCUUUUGGGAUUGAUUUAAGGAAGUUAAAGACAUUUGAGCCAGCUAUCAUUCAGCUGAAGCAUAAAAGAAUAGCGUUAGUAUUCAUAGUAAAAACAAUAAAAGAAACUAAAAUAAACAAUAUUUUAGUGCUAAGAGAUCAGAAUGAAAUAAAGCAAUGGUUAAACAAAAAUUGUGAAGAAAAAAAUGGAUUUUGUGAUUAUGAUAUGCCUAGCAUCAUAGAAGGUAUUGAAGCAUUUGCUACUGACCAAAAUGCACAGUUAGAUUAUUUCGAAGAAAAAAACAUUAUGGAUAAUUCUCAUGAAGAAAGCAGUUUUGAUAAAAAAUAUCUGUACCAAGCUAACAUAAGCAGCUUUUCCCAAAGUUCUACUACGGAUCGUAAAUUAUAUAUAGAAAAUGCAAAUAGAUUUAUAAAUGGCACUAUUGCUGCUAUAAAAGAUUUUAAAUGAAUUUUGCUAUUCACUGUACUUUUCACUUAG